GAACUUUUCCCUUUGGGUCUGGGCAGCAGCAGGCAGUCAUCCCGAAUGCCGGUUCGCUUCUCUCAUUGGUGGACGGGGAUAACGGUCUUAAGUUGCGCCACUUGCACUAGCCUCCACUGCUGCGCCACAUCUCGAUCGGCCCUGCCGAAUCCCGUCUGCGCGAUUACAAUGAUGCUGAUGAGCUCCGAUUGACGAACAGACGCACUCACUCGGACAUAUCCCGUCGAUUCAAGACCACAAUCGCCUCGGUAUAUCCACUUUCAGAAGUCAAUUCACCUUUUUGACAUCACUCCCCGACAGCUAGUCCACAAGCAAUUGUUGCCAACGAUCCGAACUCGCCUCUCAUCAUGUCUCGGGCAGGAACGUGGAUGAAGAUGCUGGGCUGCGGUAUCGUUAUCUGUGUCGGUGGCCCAGCAUUCGUCCAAUACAUCCGUCCCACCGACGAAGAACUGUUCAAGCGAUACAACCCCGAUCUUCAGAAACGGAGUCUAGAGGAGGGCGAUCGCCGAGCUCGGGAUUUUGACGAAUAUGUCGGCAAGCUGAAACAAUGGUCCAAGUCUGAUAAGCAUAUUUGGUUCGCAGCCCAGGAACAACAGGAGCAAAAGCGCCUGGAGGUCGAGGCAAACCGGAGUCAGGCCAAGGAAGAUGCCAAGGUCCAACGUGAGGAGAUGAGGAAGGAGUUGUUGGGCGAGAAAUAAUUUAUCGCAUUGCGUCGGCCACGAGGGUAUGGCCUUUCAACGGGAUAAAACCGUCGAGGCUAUCUUCCUCUCGUUACAUACCUCCUCGAUCAACAAAAGGAUGAAGGUGGACUAUCGAUCUCUGCAUCAUCCCUGUAUUUAUACCCAUUUCGUCUCCCUGAGACAUGUCCAAAAGCGUUGUGUGGAAGCAUUUGGCUCAGAAUUAUGUGGAGUUUCGGGGGCUAAGGUCUAUCCUGUAUUAUAUAUCAACGACUGAAUGGAAUUCUACGCUCACAUUCUAUGAU